CUGCUACAUGAAGCCGCUACGUAGCGCUACGUAGCGCUAACCUCGGUCAAACACAUCCAAUGAUCCGUAAUUGAAUUGUUUACGGCUGCAAUUUUUUCACGUGCAAUGGUUUUUGUCAAUAUUUAAAAACUAAAGUGAAUAAUUUGUUAUUUACAUAUUAUACAUAUGUACUAUAGAUUUUCAGUAACGGCAGUUACUGAAUCUAUUACAAAUAUCGGAAUUGGGUAGAUAGUGCUGACAGUGAAUUUCUGAUUUCUGUGUGUGUAAUGCAUUUUUAUUUGCUCGGUAAUAUAUGGAUAUAAUACAAGUGACAAGCUUAAAACGUUUUUGUUUUUUCCAAGAUAAGAUAAGAUUUCUAGGAAAAAAAAAAACGCAGUAACCAAUAAAACUCGGUUCAAUCGCGUUAUGAGAAAAUGUCCAACACACUUACACCAUUUGUAUACUGGGCCCAAACAGAAAAUCAAAUUUCACUGAAAGUAGAUCUAACUGAUGUAAAGGAUCUCAAUGUUAAUUUAAAAGAAACAACAUUGCAAGUUGCAGCUUAUGGACAGGGAGCUAGAGGUCUGAACAAUUACAACUUCAAUCUGAGUUUUUAUUCGUCUAUUGAACCAGAUGAUAGCUAUUAUAAGGUAAUUGAUCGACAAGUAGAUUUUAUCUUGAAAAAGAAAUGUAAUAGCUGGUGGCCAAGAUUAAUAAGUCAACCACAAAAGCCUUCCUGGCUUAAGAUUGAUUUUGAUAAAUGGCAAAGCGAAGAUGUGGAUGAUAAUGAGGAAGAAAGACGUGAUAUUCAUGAUGAUUAUCCCGAUAUGUAUGAUAAACUUCACAAAGAAGAAUUUGGUUAUAGAAGAGAGGACUUUGCAAAAGUAUAUCUUGUUAUAUAUAAUCUCUGUCAGUUUGUUGGCUUUAUUUAUGUGCUUGCUGUAAUGAGUAUACGAUAUUCAAGAGAUGGAAAAGAUUUCAUGAAAGAAACAUAUGCAGCAGUUGGAAACAUAUUUAAGUUUAUACAACUUUUACAAUUCUUGGAGGUAAUGCAUCCUCUAUUUGGAUACACAAAAACUAGCACACUUUUGUCUUUUCUACAGGUGGGAGGUAGAGCUUUCAUAUUGUUUUGUAUGAUCGACGCUGAAUCUCGUAUGCAAGUUAAACCGGUUGUUUUUUACUUGUUUGUUGUAUGGAGUACGAUAGAAGUGGUCAGAUAUCCAUAUUACAUUAUGAGAUUGUUAAACAUUGAAAUAGCUUUUUUGACAUGGUUACGAUAUACAAUAUGGAUACCACUGUAUCCCUUGGGUUUUAUGUGCGAGGGUAUUAUAAUAAUGCGGAACAUACCAUACUUUGAGGAAACUCAAAAAUUCACUAUUUCCUUACCAAAUACUUAUAACUUUGCUCUUCACUUCCCUACUUUUAUGAGACUUUAUUUACUCAUAUUAUUCCUGCCUACAAUAUACACACUCAUGUCUCACAUGAUUCGAGCGCGCUCCAAGAAACUUGGAAAAUCCAAAGUUAAAAUUAUUAAGACAAAGUAAAUAUUAAAAUUAAUAUUUGA